UAUUUUCUGGUUAAACAAUUUUUUGUACAUUGUUUUUUUUACAAAUUUAAGUCAUUUUUAUUCAUUUCUGACUUUUUUAAUUUAAAAAUGUGUCUCUAUUAUCUUGAGUUAAUGUUUGUAAAUAGAGGUUUUUAAUGUAAAACCAUCAUGGAUUCCUACGGUCAUGGGAACGAAACGUCCUUCAGAUGAUGAAAGAACUUUCGGGAAGAAGAAGCCAGCCAGCCCCUGGGCGCUGGGGUUGCUGGAAUCAAUGAAAGAUCCCAAGUUGUUUGUCGAGGAUGAUGAGCAUGUUGUCGUCAUCAGGGACAAAUAUCCAAAGGCAGAAUAUCACUAUCUGGUUCUCCCUAAAGAAGAUAUACCUACUAUGGAUAGAUUGACCAACAGUCACUUGAAUCUCUUGAAGCAUAUACAAGAAGUUGGUGAACGACUGGCUUCGGUCAACUCGCAGAGAACAUUUAAAUUGGGAUAUCAUGCAGUACCCAGUAUGUCUCACAUACACCUACAUGUCAUUAGUGAUGACUUCAACUCUCCUUGGCUGAAGACAAAGAAACAUUGGAACUCCUUCACCACAGAGUACUUUGUUCCUUCUGAAAGUGUGAUUUCUCAAGUAGAAAAAUAUAAGAAGUUUGCUCCAGCAUCAAAAGAAAAAAGCAAACUGUUAUUGGAGAAGCCACUAGCUUGUCAUAAGUGCAGCUUCCUUCCUGGGAACAUGCCAAAACUCAAGUCACAUUUGUUAACACACUUGAAAAAAUAAAACAUUAUUUAUUGCCAGGCGUGCAAGUGUUUGUGCCAAGUUCAUUAUGCAAAUGUAAUUGGCAACAUUUUUUUGUCUCCUCCCAUUAAUAGCUUGUGGCUGUGAAUAUUUUUGUAUUUUAUGGCUUGUAAGAGAAAUAAAAACUUCUUGUUUUCAGAUUUUUCACUAAAA